AUGUCGUUAGUGGCUACUUUCAUAAGAAGGUUAGGAAAAAGGCACCCUUUGGCCACUUUUUUCCACCUGUUUUUCCGAGUGAGUGCUAUCAUUACCUACUUGUUCUGUGACUGGUUCAGCAACAGCUUUGUUGCCUGCUUUGUCACUAUUCUCCUCCUCCUAUCCUUUGACUUUUGGUCAGUUAAGAAUGUGACAGGAAGACUCCUGGUCGGUUUGCGUUGGUGGAACCAAAUUGAUGAAGAUGGAAAAAGCCACUGGGUGUUUGAAGCAGAAAGGGUGCCUACCAUAGCUGCCUCAACUGAAGCUGAAGCUCGAAUCUUCUGGCUUGGUCUCAUUAUCUGCCCAGUUAUUUGGACCGUGUUUUUCUUUAGCACCUUGUUCUCCUUGAAGCUGAAAUGGCUGGCUUUGGUGAUAGCGGGCAUCUCCCUUCAGACGGCCAAUUUAUACGGCUACAUCCACUGCAAACUAGGGGGACGGAAAGGCGCCAGCAGAGUAACUUCGAAGGUUUUUGUCACAGCAGAUGCUGCCAAGCGUAAGUACUGA